CUUCACUUACCACUACUGCUUCUCAGCUCAUGAAGCCGCCGCCGUCGCCGCCGCUGACACUCGUCGCCGUCGCCGUCGCCGUCGUCGUCGUGUCGUGCCUCUUCCAUGGCUCAGCUGCAUCCGGCGAGCCGCGGUUCACCUCCAUCUUCAGCUUCGGGAGCUCCUACUCCGACACCGGCAACUUCGUCCUCCAGUCGGCUGGCUUCCCCGCCAUCCCGUUCAACCACUCCCCCUACGGCGACACCUUCUUCCGCCGCCCCACCGGCCGCCCCUCCGACGGCCGCCUCCCCAUCGACUUCAUCGCGGAGGCGCUAGGUCUCCCUCUCCUGCCGCCGUGCAUGGCGAAGGGGCGGGACUUUGGUGGCGGCGCCAACUUCGCCAUCGUCGGCGGCACGGCGCUGGACGUCGGGUUCUUCCUCCGGCACAACGCCGCCAGCGUGCCGCCGUUCCGGAGCUCCCUCCGCGUGCAGAUCGGGUGGUUCCGGAGCCUCCUCGCUCAGACGCUCCGCCGCAACGCCACCGCGGCGGAGCGCAGGGAGCGCCUCGCCACGUCGCUGUUCGUCGUCGGCGAGUUCGGCGGCACCGACUACAGGUACCUCCUCUCCGCCGGCAAGAGCCUCGAGCAGGCCAAGUCCUACGUGCCGGUGGUCAUGCGAGCCAUCUGCAGAAGCGUCGAGAGGCUCGUGGAGGACGGAGCGAGGUACGUGGUGGUGGUCGGGACGCCGCCGGCGGGGUGCAUGCCGAUGGAACUGACCAAGUACGCUCCGGCGGCGGCGGCGGCGAACGCGUCGACGGCGUACGAUCGCCGGACGGGGUGCCUCCGGCGGCUCAACGGCCUGGCUGAGUACCACAACUGGAUGCUCCAGGAGGCCGUGGGGCGCAUGCGAGGCAAGUACCCGGGGACGAAGCUCGUCUACGCCGACUUCUACAGGCCGGUGGCGAGCCUCGUCCGCCGUCCGGCCAAGUUCGGUUUCGCGCAGCAACCUCUGAAAGCGUGCUGCGGCGGAGGCGGAGCGUACAACUACAACCCUGCAGCGGCGUGCGGCUCGCCGGGCGCGUCCGCCUGCAGCGACCCAUCGGCGUACGUGAACUGGGACGGCGUCCACCUCACCGACGCCGCCUACAAGCACGUCGCCGGCGGCUGGCUCGACGGCGCCUACGCCUACCCGUCUAUUCUUAGCCUCCUGCCCACCCAAUAAAUAGCUGUUGAGAUUGAUUUUGAAAUGGACUUUAGUGACCCGUCUAUUCGGCGAUCAAUUUAUAGAUUUUGAAUCGAUUAUAUUCUCAGUCUAAACAUCUGAUUAGCUCUAAAACCGGUGAAAUGAUUAAAAUAUCAGUAAAAAAAUAUUUAU